GGAGGCCCCUGGCAGCCAAAAUGAAGCCUCUACAGGUCUCUGUGUGCUGCUUGCUCUCCCUGCUCGUCCUGGUCGCUGCAGACCUAGUGGUAGAGGCCUCCAGCCCUGAUGAGCUGCAUCUCCACGUGCCGCUCUCCUGUGACCUCUCCUGUGACUCCGUAGACGACCAUGGAGGCCAAAGCUCCUCCAACGACACCCCGGCCCCAGGCUCUGUGUGUCAGUCCUGUAACCCUCCACCAAGCCUUGCUACAUCGGCCAAAGAAGAGCCCCUAGCCUCCACAGAGAAGGUCCCCAUGGAGGAGGUAGCGAGCGAGGAGGAGGAGGAGGAGGAAGAGGAGGCUGCAUCUGAGGAGGUGAUAGCUGAGGAAGAAUCUGUGGAGUCUGCAGAGACUUCAGAGGAGGUCCAAGCAUCAGAGGAGAUAGUGGAGGAAGCUGCCUCGUCUGAGGAGGAAGCAGUGGAGGAAGCUGCCUCGUCUGAGGAGGAAAAAGUGGAGGAAGCUUCCACGUCUGAAGAAGAGGUUGUAGAGGAGGUUGAGGCAGAACCUGAAGCCGAGGAAGAAGAGGUUGUAGAGGAAGAGGAAGCAGUUGAGGAAGCUGUGGCCAUGGAGGAGGAAGUGGAGGUAGUCAAAGAGGCAGUAGAGGAAACAGUAGAAGAAGAACCUGCAGUAGAGGAACCAGUUGAGGAGGUAGCGGUUGAGGAGGCCGUAGAGGAGGCCGUAGAGGAGGCCGUAGAGGAGGCCGUAGAGGAGGCCGUAGAGGAGGCAGUAGUAGUAGUGGCUGAACCUGUGUUGGAACCCAAGCUGGUUGAACCCGAGCCAGAACCUGUAGUGGAAUCUGAAGUGGUUGAACCCGAGCCAGAGGUGGUGGUCGAGGAGGUGGCUCCAGAACCAGAGGAGGCUGUAGUAGAAGUAGAGCCAGAAACAGAGCCUGUUGUAGAGGAAGCUGCUCUGGAACCCACUCCGGAACCUGCGGAAGCAGCUCCAGAACCUGUAGAAGUAGGUGAGGUGGUUGUGGAGGCGAUGAAGGAGGAGGAGGUGGUGGAGGAGGUGGCAGCUAUUGUGGAGGAGGUACAUGUUUUUGAGGAGGAGGCGGUGGUGGAAGAGGAGGCACCUGUUGUUGUUGUUAAGGAGGAGGCGACUGUUUUUGAGGAGGCGCCUGUUGAGGAUGUGACAGUGGAGGAUGUACCAGCAAAGGCAGAAGCACCAGCAAAAGCAGUGGUGGAGGAGGCAGCCCCGGCCCCAAAGCUCAGAGACCGCUCCCACAUCGAUGAGACGCUCCAAUUGACUUCUGCCGAACCCUCGCCUGAGUUCGCAGCUGCUAUAAAGAAGCUGCAGCACAUCUACCACUCAGCCAUCAAGCCCAUGGAGAUGGCCUACAAGUACAACGAGCUCAGAGCUCACGAGGUCACAGAUGGAGAGAUCACCUCCAAGCCCAUGGUGCUGUUCCUGGGACCCUGGUCAGUAGGCAAAUCCUCCAUGAUCAACUACCUGCUGGGCGUGCACGGUACCCCACAACAACUUUACACAGGUGCUGAGCCCACUACAUCUGAGUACACAGUGGUGAUGCACGGUGACAAGUUCCGCUCGGUGGAGGGCAUCGUGAUGGCUGCCGACAGCUCCAGGUCCUUCUCUCCUCUGGAGAAGUUUGGCCAGGGGUUCCUGGAGAGGCUGGUGGGGAUUGAGAUGCCCCAUAAACUGCUGGAGAGAGUCACCCUGGUGGAUACACCUGGGAUUAUUGAGAACCGCAAGCAGCAGGAGAGAGGCUACCCCUAUAGCGAGGUGUGUCAGUGGUUCAUCGACCGUGCUGACCUCAUCUUCCUGAUGUUUGACCCCACCAAGUUGGACGUGGGUGGAGAGCUGGCGACGCUGUUCAAACAGAUGAAGGGCCGCGAGUCCCAGAUCCGCAUCAUCCUGAACAAGGCAGACAACCUGGCCUCCCAGGACCUGAUGCGUGUCUAUGGCGCCCUGUUCUGGUCCAUGGCUCCUCUCAUCAACGCCACAGAGCCUCCCCGGGUCUACGUUAGCUCUUUCUGGCCCACAGACUACGCAGCCGACACCAGCCGAGAGCUCUUCAUACGGGAGGAGAUCUCGCUCCUCGAAGACCUCAACCAGGUCAUUGAGAACCAGCUGGAGAACAAGAUAGCCUUCAUCCGCCAGCACGCCAUCCGGGUCAGAAUCCACGCCCUGCUGGUAGAUCGCUACCUCCAUACCUACCAUGAGAAGCUGGGCUGGUUCAGCGACCCCGACGAGGUGUUCAGGGACAUCGUCUCAGACCCUGACAAGUUCUACAUCUUCAAGUCCAUCUUGGCCAAGACCAAUGUGAGCAAGUUCGACCUGCCAGACAAAGAAGCCUACCAGGACUUCUUCGGCAUCAACCCUCCAUCAGGCUUUAAACAGCUGUCCUCCCUCUGUUCCUGGUCGUCAGGCUGUCUGAUUGACAAGAUAGAGAAAGCUAUCACUGUGGAGCUCCCUGCCCUCCUGAUUAGCCUGGGCAAGAAAGACAGUCCACCCCCAGCCAAGGCCGCCCCAGCCCCUCCACCCCCACUGCCUGAGGCAAAACCCAAGAACCGCUGGCGAAAGGAUUGAGGAGGAGAGAUGAAGAGAGGGAUGGAUGGAGAGAAGAGGACGGGGAGUAAAGGAGGCCGAAGCCAGAAGCUGUACUGGGGUGACUCCACUUCUGAGUUUGUCUGGACUGGACACGGGGAAGAGAGGAGAGAGGGAUGGGAUGGAGGAUGGGUGGAGGAGAGGAAAGAUGUACAGCUGGGGAGUGAAGCCACAUAAAGCAAAUGGGAACCUUACAAGCCCAUUAGAAAUAAUCCAACUGGAGAAAAACGGAAACACGUUUUUAAAUGAUUUAAAUCAGAGACUCUUAUCUUCCUAAGUGUUAUUAUUUAACUCAAAACGAAAACAGGGAAAUAUAAACAAGAGUUUGUUUUAUUUCGGUUUGUUUGCCAGAUUGUUACUAUUUUAUUUAUUAAAGUUUUUCUCUUCUUCUUCAUCCGUAGACAAGGAGGAAAAAUACCAGCAAUCAGUUACAGUAUUCAUCUAUUGUAUUCUAUUCUAUUCUAUUGUCUUUAUUGUCAGUUCUAAACUACAGCUUAUCUUCGUUGUUAGUGCAGUAUGUCAUUGCUGUGUAAGAUCGCAUUUGUACAUUGAUGCCAGUUAAAUGGGCUGUAGCCUUCUCUUCCUGUUAUAGCUUUGCCUCAAUAUGCUGCAUGUCAAAGUGUCAUUAAAGUUGUAUUUCAUCCUUGUAGCUUCAGAUACCAUUGA